AUGGAUGUCCACAAUGCUUUUCUGCACGGUGAUCUCCAUGACGAGGUCUAUAUGAAACCUCCUUCAGGUUUUUCGGCCUUCGGGACUGGAAAGUCCUAUUUUGGUUAUUCCUUAUUUACAUAUCGUAAGAAUGGGGUUGUCUUGCACAUCCUGGUUUAUGUUGAUGACUUAAUCAUUGGUGGGAAUAACCCGGAGUUCAUACGCAAAUUUGAACAGUAUAUGAACCGGUGUUUUCGCAUGAAGGACUUAGGUGUUCUUAAAUAUUUUUUGGGCAUCGAAGUGACUCGCGGAUCAUCGGGGAUAUUUCUUUGCCAAAGAAAAUACGCACUUGAUAUUAUUACAGAAACUGGCUUAUUGGGAUCCAAACCUGCUCACUUUCCUAUUACUCAGAAUCAUAAACUUGCCCUUGCUGACGGAGCACUCCUGGAUGACCCUGAACGAUAUCGAUGUCUUGUGGGCCAUUUGAUUUAUUUAACCAUUACACGACCAGAGUUCAGUUAUUGCAUCCAUGUCCUGGCUCAAUUUAUGCAGUGUCCUCGUGUUGAUUAUUGGGAUGCGGCAUUACGUGUGGUUCGUUAUCUGAAAGGACGUCCUAGUUAA